UACAUACACAGUUUAAGUGUUGCCAGCAACACUUUACGAAUUCUGCUACAACGCUCGUCCUAAACGUUAUUUAAAAAUGUUUCUUUAUACUUCAGUGCUAAUCUUUUUAGGAACUGUGUGUUUUGGACACGGCCAAGAAUCGUGUAAUUGUGGUCCAGAUGAAUAUCCACUUCCUAAAAUUGUCAAAGUAAAUCAAGAAACUCAUCAAUUCAUUGAUGAAUUUGGUCGAAGUAGUUGGUUUCAUGGGACAAACGUGGUCACCAAACAAUUUCCUUUUCAUCCUGACCUUGGUGACCCAAGCGUGUGUAAUAACACGCUUCCCUCACCUUUUUGCGAUGCAGAUAUGGAUUAUCUCCAACAACUUGGCGUCAAUGUUGUCAGACUGGGUGUAAUGUGGCAAGGGGCUGAGCCUACACGUGGGAUUUACAAUUGCACAUAUUUUUGUGUAAUUCAUGGAAUAAUUCAGUCCUUGGCCAAGAGAAAUAUUUACACGUUGAUUGAUGUGCACCAAGAUGUUUUAGCGAGACAAUUUUGUCAAGAAGGAGUUCCAGAUUGGUUUGUACGGAAGGAUUGGAUUGCAAACGAAUCUCUACGCUUUCCAUUCCCACAAGCAGCUCCGUUCACUACAGACGACAACGGUAUUCCCGAUCCGUGGGACCAGUGCUGGCAAAUUGGUGCAAAUUGGUUUCUCAGCUAUUUCUCCGUGGCCACGAGUGACGCCUUUGGCAAAUUUUAUGCAAAUUAUGAUGGGCUUUUGGAUUCAUUCGCUUUAUACUGGGCAAAGAUUGCUCAAGAAUUCAAAAAUCAUAAAAGCGUGAUGGGCUAUAACCUAUUGAAUGAACCAUGGGCUGGCGACAUCUACGAAAAUCCUGCCCUCCUGAUCCCUGGCGUAGCGGAUGAUGUAAAUCUGGCUGCUGUAUGGGAACAGGUCACUACUUCCAUCCGCCAAGUGGAUAACGAAACAAUCAUCUUUUUCGAAGGUGUCACGUGGGAUAUUGUUGACGGGCAUCCCAACGUUCCUGGUGGCGACGGUUCAAAAGCCGCGUUGAGUUAUCAUUACUACGCUCCACCACAAUUGGGACUUCAUCCAGCCUUGCAAAACCGUGUCAAAGAUCACGAACGUCUCAAAUCGGGAGGAAUCCUUACAGAGUUCCGGAUGUGGGGCGGCAACGGAGAUGAGGAUGUGAAACUAAUUGACACCCGGAUUAGGGAUACUAUUGAUGCAGCUGAAAAAUAUCUGCAGUCGUGGGUCGGUUGGGGUUUCCACUCCGUCGUUGAUCGAAAUCCAUUAGUGAAAAAACAUUAUGCUCGAACAUAUGCGUCAGCAGUGGCCGGAAAACUACUCUCAACAGGGUUCAAUGAAGACACUGCAGAUUUCUAUGCUGUCUGGGAGGUGGACAAAAGUGUAAUUGAACCGACAGAGGUUAGACUGAGUCAAGAAACUUAUUAUGCGGAUGGAUACGAAGUUCGAAUAAUGCCGAGCACUUGGGCAUCUUGGGAGGAAGUUGACGAGGGGAGGAUGAUAAAAAUUAUUUACAAGGAUGAUGUGGUCGUGGACAAUGGAAACAUUACGAUUCGAAUUUUUCCAAGGGACCCAACUUUGGAUAACAACAGCGGUUUUUCCCAUUUUUAUUACGGACCAAGGAGCCUUUUGAGUUGGUUGACCUUGUUCUGUAUGGUGUGGUAUGACGUCUACCUUGGUUAAAAAGCUGUUGGAUUGAAUUAAAUGACAUACUUGUUAAAUAAUAAAUACAUAUUUAUUUAUAUCAAAAGAAUAAAGAGCUGACGAUAGGGACUAAUUGCAGAAA